AAUGAUUUCUAAAAAUCAUUGAAUAGCUAUAUCAUUAUAUGAGCUCCUUAGACUCUUAGAGGACCAUCACACCCUCAAUGGCAGUAAUUUUGGCUUAUUUACACAUUUAGUCAGUCAAUGAGUAAGUGCUUGUUUUUUGGAAAUAUCUGGAAAUCAACUGGAAAUCAAAUCCUCAUCUGAAUUUAGCUGACUGAAAGGGAAAAUCGGCUGCCACCUCUCUUCAUCAUAUGGCAAUGGACUCAAAUGUAACCAUGGUCUCUGGCGACAUCUUCUCCUGCCCAUCUUCACACAGCAUGGCCCACUGCAUCUCUGCCGACUGCAGGCUGGGCAAAGGCAUCGCUCUCACAUUCAAAAUGAAGUUCGGCGGCGUUCCGGAGAUACGCUCGCAGCACUGCCGGCCGGGCGAGGUGGCCGUCCUGCGGCGCGGUGAGCGCUUCAUCUAUGCUCUGGUCACCAAACAAAAGUACAGCGACCGGCCGACCUACGACACACUGCGUCGGUCGCUGCACGCGCUCAAGGAGCACUGUGUGGCGCAUGACGUGAAGCACUUGGCGAUGCCACGCAUCGGCUGCGGGCUGGACCGACUCAGUUGGGACCGGGUCCUGGCUAUGAUUCGCUCCGAGUUCAAGGACACGUCCGUCAAAGUUGAAAUCUACUCGCUGUAGUGGGAAGGAAGUGGCCGGGAGAGGAGUGUUGGAGACACUUUGUGAGGUCUAAAGGGGACCAGUGAACUGAUCUGUGAUUGAUAAUGAUCCUCGAGUGCUGUGCUGUCACAAGUGGAUGACGCUAAAUGGAUUGUGUCGCUUCCAUGUCGUGAAUGGUAUAAUAUUGCCUUCAGUAGAGAGGGUUGAA